AAACUCUCACUUCCUCCAUGUCAUUUUGUGAUGUACUUUAACCUACCGUCUCCUCUAAGUUCUCAUUCUGGUAGCCGGGUGCUCUUCCGAAACUCCUUGAGCUGAAUCGCCCCCUCACGACUCCCAGUUCACCAUGUCCCGGAAGGUUGUGAGAUCCAGCAAGUUCCGUCACGUCUUUGGUCAGGCUGUGAAAGCUGACCAAUGCUAUGAUGACAUCCGAAUCUCCCAGAUGACCUGGGACAGCAACUUCUGCUCUGUUAACCCCAAGUUUGUGGCCAUGAUUGUGGACGCCAGUGGUGGAGGAGCCUUCAUGGUGCUGCCCCUGAACAAGACAGGCCGCAUCGAUAUGUCCUACCCCACUGUUUGUGGACACACUGGUCCAGUCCUGGACAUUGAGUUCUGUCCACACAAUGACAACAUCAUUGCCAGUGGCUCUGAGGACUGCAGUGUCAUGGUUUGGGAGAUUCCAGACGGUGGGCUGACCACAUCACUCACAGAUCCUGUUGUCAAGCUGGAAGGCCACUCCAAACGUGUUGGAAUCCUGAGCUGGCACCCCACUGCCCAUAACGUGCUGUUGAGUGCAGGCUGUGAUAACGUGGUGAUCCUCUGGAACGUGGCUUGCGGUGAAGCAGUAGUGAGGAUCGACAGCGUACACACCGACCUCAUCUACUGCGCCUGCUGGAACAGGGACGGGUCCAAGAUUCUCACCUCCUGCAAGGACAAGACCCUGCGGGUGUUUGACCCACGCAAGGGCACCGUCAUCUAUGAGAAGGAGAAGGCUCAUGAGGGUUCCAGACCAAUCAGGGCGGUGUUCAUGUCGGAUGGGAAGAUCCUCAGUACGGGCUUCAGUCGCAUGAGUGAGAGACAGGUGGCCCUGUGGGAUCCCAAAAACUUUGCAGAGCCACUGACGUUGCAGGAGCUUGACACCAGCAGCGGCGUCCUUCUGCCAUUUUAUGACCCAGACACUGGCAUCGUCUACCUCUGUGGCAAGGGCGACAGCAGUAUCCGUUACUUUGAGGUGACAGAUGAAGCUCCCUACGUCCACUACCUGUCCAUGUUCAGCAGCAAGGAGAGCCAGAAGGGGAUGGGAUACAUGCCCAAGAGGGGCCUGGAGAUCAACAAAUGUGAAAUCGCCAGAUUCUACAAACUCCACGAGAGGAAAUGUGAGCCCAUUGUCAUGACGGUGCCCCGCAAGUCGGAUCUGUUCCAGGAGGACUUGUACCCGAACACCAUUGGCCCUGAGCCCUCGGUUGAAGCCGAUGAGUGGUUUGGAGGAAAAGAUGCACAGCCUAAUCUGAUAUCCCUAAAGGACGGGUUUGUGGCAACCACCAAAGCAAAGGAGUUCAAGGUUCACAAGAGUCUCCUGAAAACCACGACUGCUUCGGCAGGGAAUCAACCUGAGAGCAGUGGGGAGGUUCAGUCCUUGAGGAAGGAGGUCAAGGAUCUGAAAGCGGCACUAGAGGAGCUGACCAAGCGUGUGAGUGAGCUGGAGAGCAAGCAUUAAACAAGAAGAGUUCGAUAAACAAGAAAAAAUAAAUCAAGAGCAGAAGUCAAGAGUAAAACAGCAGUGCAAAGAAAAACAAGAGGGAGAAGAGUGCUGUCAACGUUUGAUUGUAGUUGGACAAAGGGAGAGAUAAAGAGAGCAGACAUACAACUAUUCUUAUUGUGGCUUGAUUUGUUUAUUUGGUUUUCUGUGAUCAAUUAGAGCAAAUCCUAUUUUAAUAUAUGCUUUUAGUUUAAAAUAAAGUCUUCUGUAUUUUCAA